AAAUUGCCUGCACUGCACCGGCUAUACAUGUGUAUAUUUUAGUACAAUUCGUUCUGUAUUACAUACUCUUCUCCAGAGGUUUUGUUUUCUUUUGUAAUACCUCGGGUGAAAUUAAGAAAGAAUAUUGACAUGCCGUUGCAAGUUCAUGACGUUCAGCAAAAUGUGGUGGAGCCUAUGCAAGUUGAUGCUCCUGCAGAAGAUAAUGACAAUGCAGAAGAAGAACCAUAUAUUGUUGAAAACCCAACUCUGGAUUUGGAAGUAUACGCUAAUAGCUAUACAGGUCUGGCCAAAUUAUAUAGGCUUAUAUACAUAGCUGAUCAUUGCCCAAUGUUGAGGAUAGAAGCAUUAAAAAUGGCUAUAUCUUAUGUGAUGACAACAUAUAAUGUCUCACUCUAUGUGAUACUGCAUAAGAAAUUAGUGCAAGCUGUAGGAACACCUGGAUUACCGGAUGUCGCAGCACAAUCAACAUCCCAAGAUAUGUUAACCUUAGACCAAGCUUGGGUUGAUUCUCACUCUAAAAAGGCUGCUUUAAAACUAGAAAAAUUUGAUACAGAUCUUAAAAACUAUAGAAGUAACUCAAUUAAGGAAAGUAUAAGAAGAGGUCACGAUGACUUAGGAGAUCAUUAUUUGGAUUGUGGAGACCUUGUUCAUGCCUUAAAAUGUUAUUCUAGAGCACGGGAUUACUGUACAAGUGGUAAACAUGUUGUUAAUAUGUGCCUGAAUGUUAUCAAAGUUUCUGUUUACUUACAAAAUUGGACUCAUGUAUUAAGUUAUGUAACAAAAGCUGAAAGUACACCAGAUUUUUCUGAUGUUCAUGGUAAAGAUAAUAAUCAGUUUAUAGUUACAAAGUUAAAAGUUGCUGCUGGUCUAGCAGAAUUAGCCACAAGAAAAUAUAAAAUGGCAGCAAGACACUUUCUGCAAGCAUCAUUAGAUCAUUGUGAUUGUCCUGAGUUGUUAUCUCCUGGAAAUGUUGCUUUGUAUGGUGGACUUUGUGCUUUGGCAACGUUUGAUAGACAGGAAUUACAGAAACAAGUCAUUUUUAAUAGUUCUUUUAAAUUAUUCUUAGAAUUAGAACCACAGUUGCGAGAUAUCAUUUUCAAGUUUUAUGAAUCAAAAUAUGCAUCUUGUUUAAAAUUAUUGGAUGAAAUCAAAGAUAAUAUACUCUUGGACAUGUAUAUAGCACCACAUGUUAAUGUACUGUACACAAAAAUACGAAAUCGGGCAUUAAUACAAUAUUUCAGUCCUUAUUUAAGCGCUGAUAUGAAACGUAUGGCAACUGCUUUCAAUAGAACAGUUUCGGAAUUAGAAGAUGAACUUAUGCAGUUAAUUCUUGAUGGCCAAAUACAGGCUCGUAUUGACUCUCAUAAUAAGAUCUUAUAUGCAAAAGAUGUUGAUCAACGUAGUACAACUUUUGAAAAAUCUAUGAGUGUUGGAAAAGAAUAUCAAAGACGUACGCGCAUGUUAAUUUUAAGAGCCGCUAUGUUGAAGCAACAAAUUCAAAUUAAGAGUCCACAACGUGACAGUACUCAAGCGGGAGAAAUGUCGGUUACCUGGAAGCAAUAGUUCAGUGGUAAGAAAUUGAACUGUGACUUGUACUAACUUUUUGGUUAAUAAGUGAGUUUAUUUAGAUCACUGUUAUGGUCAGUAAAAUAUGAAAAAGUACUUCUGUACCAUGUUGGAAAUUUUAUUAAUAUAUUUAAGAUGCUGAUACUAAAUUUGAUCUUAAUAAACAUUACGUAUCAUGUAUAUAUUACAAUGUAUUAUAAGUAAAAGGUUAGUAUUUUUUAAAACCGUGUGCUAACUACGCGUAUAAAUAAAUCUUGAUAAUGCAUUAUGUACACUAGAAACUUUAUUAUCAAUAAAUAUAUCAACAUUUUUUUCACGUAUUAACGACAUCUUUCAUUUUAAUAUUAUCCAUUACAUUUACUUGUCUAGUAUCAUUAUCUUGUAUAUUACAAUAUUAACAAUUAAUAU